GAGCGUGUCCCCUUUGUGCCAUAGAUGGCUUUGCAUGGCUGACCGAUACGACACACAUGCAGUGCAGCAGACACACAGGGAGAGGCAGCAUAGCAUCGAUCAGGUCAGGCGGCCAGUCAGUCACCCGGCCAGCCACCCACAACACGGACAAUGCAAUGCAGCACCGCCAACCGACAGGAACCAUCACCACAUCAAAAGUGAUCAGAAAAAACACAGGGAGGAAUCUGAGGAAAGCCGACGUGCAUGUCACCCAUUCGGCGGUGCAUAAAUGCCCAUUCUGGUCACAGAGACCAGUGAUUGAGUGAGUGUGGGACGAACGUCACAAUGGCCACUCAUUCAAACAAUGGCCAAUCACAGGGGCGGCAAAAAACCAGCAACGUGAGAGUCCGUCUUUUUCAUGAAACACCGAGAAAAGGACACACACACGCACACCAGCCAGGGCACAGCCAUUCUGGCGGGCGCAUCAGAGAAAAAAAAGCCGAAUGCCAUGUGUGCAGUGGUCGGCAUAUCUCCCUAAGUAAGACCCAUUCCCCCAUCUCCCUCAGACAUAUAGAAUGCCAUAAGUCUUAGAUCCGUCAGACGGCCCCACCUCUCCCUGGCUCUCUCCCUCCCUCAAUCCUUCCCUCUAUGCGUCUGCCAUUCACUGGCCGGCAGCCUUUCCCUUGUGUUGUUAUCUGCAAUGCUUCGCCUCCAUCGCUCGGCGAUGUCCAAUAGCAGCCUGCUUGGCAUCCUCAUAGCCCAGCUCAGCGAUUGAGAACGGCUUCUUCUUCUCUUUGCCGCCCUCCUGCCAGCCGGCCGUCCAUGCGUUCGCCCUUUUCUCAUAGUAGACGCCCUUGACCCCGCUCUGGUGCUUUGAUAGCUUCCUCACCGGCAACCGUCCGGUGCGCUCCAGUUCACAACGAUGCUCCUCCGCCAACGCCUGAUAGAUGGAAGCACACAUAUGAGACACUCAGAGGGAGAGGGCAAGAGGGGACGUUGUGCGCACCUUGGCUCUGUCGAAGCCAUGCUCUUUGACGUAGAAGUCCAUGUCCUUUCGCUUCGAGUCGCCCUUCUCGUACCACGAUGCCCUCCAGGCCUGCCUCGCGUUGUACCAACUAACUCCCACCACGUCAGACUGAUGGUCUGCAGUUGGUACCACACAUCAGCAAUCGGGUUGCGUUGGAUUUGCCUCUUGGUCUCCUCACCGGAUUUGGUGACGACGGUCUUCCCCUUUGUGCUGGUCUUCUUGUCGGUGUCGGCGGCCCACUGGGGAUUGGACGCAUAAGUGGACGACCAGACAUCACCGGCAGGCGCCGACGCACCAUCCCUCUUGGCUGCCUUGGGCCUCCGUGGUGGCUGGGGAGAUAAUGAGCGGCUGCCGUCAUCAGAGAGGCGGGCCGCCCGAGCCACGCUGCUCCUCUGGCGGGCACGUCGGCCCAGUGUCGCGUCGCCCUCUCGACUCAUACGGGGGCGGGUCGGGAGGUGAGGAGCGGCGGGCGGGGCAGGGCGGGGACAGAGAGGGGAGUCCAACGGUGGGUCCAGCCUGGGCCCCUUGCUGCGGUUGUUGCCCCCGUGCUGCGGUUGUUGCCCCCGUGCAGAUGAGUGCUGCGGUUGGGAAGCACACCAGGGACGCCGUCUUGCCCCUGCCCCUGCUGUGCUCGCUGCAGCCACGACAGAUCGAUGAGCAUUGCCCGAUCGCCCACACGCGACCGGUGGAGCGCAUUGCGGUACUCGACAGCCUCACGGAAGGCCGUGAAGAUGGCCGCGCGGCAGGCGCCGUAGCCGACAGGGAACUGACGCAGAUCGACGGCCGUCGAUGCGUCGCUGUCCCAAAAGUAAGCCUCAUAACUGUAGUUGCUCCGCCACGAGAUCCCGAUACUGACACAGAUAUGACACACAGAGAUGCACACGUGACGUGAGAGCGUCAUGCACUUGGUCCUGCUCACCCUCCUCUGUCUGAUGCAUGGAAUUCGCCCGGCUGCUGGUCCCUCAUCCACCGCACUAGCGCGCGAGCCAGCGCAUCGCCCGUCAGUUCUGCCGCCACCUGACGGCCGGCUGGGCCGCACAGCUUGGGAGGGGGGCUGCGGUCAGCCGAGGCCACACGGCCGUUAUGGCCUCUAUGCCCAUCGACAGAGCUGCUUGGCAUGUGGCGCUCCUCUGGGUCGGUGCACCCUGACUGAAUGACACACACCCAGACAGCCAGAAGAGGGCGUGUGGGAGGGCCUGCUGACCCAAUCUGGCGUCUCAGUGCUGUCUGGCUCACCAUUAUUGCGGUGCGCUGCUGUCGAUGCCUUGGCGUGGGGGAGGGGAAGUAGCCCGCUCCUCUCCUCUCUGGGAUGCCGCGCCGCCCUCAUGGCCUGGGCAGUCACUUGCCCAUCAGACGGCACAUCCACACCUGUCAUCACACACACACACACACACCCCAAUGGAUGGCAGCCACUGAACGAACGAGUGAGACGCACCUGUUGGCAUCCACGGAAUCGCUCUCGUCUGGUGGCCGGCCACCGUCACUGUGACGAUCUCAUACCGACCGCCACUCCCAGGAUCGCUCGCACGCACACCCUCCAGCAAAACGGUCAGCGCGGCCAUGUCAGACGUCGCGUCAAGCAGGUCGAUGUCACUGUCCGACUCGCCGACCGGCCGCCCAUUGCUGUCCGUCGGUUGCGUCUCAUCGGCGGGGCCGCUGUGAUCCAUCGCGCCCUUGCGUCGCCGCUUGCUGGUGCGGAUCGGUGGACGACUGUCAUCAUCCAGCUCGAAUGACGGGGGAGGGGGGGAGGCGGCCGGCCGAUAGUCAUAAUGUCGUUUCUCCAUCUUCCGUCUGUGACAGAUGGCGGCCCGCUUGGCCCCCUCAUAGCCCAACUUCCUCGCAGAAAAGUUCUUCUCUCUCUGUCUGCCGUCCUCCUGCCAUGAAGCCAUCCAUGAGUUGCUGGCCUUCUGAUAGUAGACGCCCUUGACGCCGCUCUGGUGCUCCGAUCGUGUCUUGACCGACGCCCGUCCGGUGCGCUCCAUCUCACGACGAUGCUCCUCGGCCAACGCCUGACAGACGGAGGCACACACGUGAGACACUCAGAGAGAGACAGACGGGACGAUUGGAGGCGUUAUGCGCACCUUGGCUGUGUCGAAGCCAUGGUCACUGACGUAGAAGUACUUGUGCGUCUCCUUCGUGUCGCCCUUCUCAACCCACGAUGCCCUCCAGGCCUGCUUCACCUGUUGCCAACGAACACCCGCCACAUCCGACUGAUGCUCUGCAGUUGGCGGGACACACAAAGGUCAGUGACUGCGUUUGAAUUCGCUUCUUGGGUUCCUCACCGGAUUUGGUGAUGACGGUCUUCCCCUUUGUGCUGGUCUUCUUGUCGGUGUCUGCAGCCCACUGGGGGUUAGACAUACAGAUGGACGACCAGACAUCACCGGCAGGUGCCGACGCACCAUCCCUCCUGGCUGCCUUGGGCCUCCAGCGUCGUGAGUGUGGAGAUGACGACCGAGAGUCGACGGCCGCCACACUCGACUGGGGCUCGCGCCUGUGGGGAAUCGGAGCCUUUCCGGCAUCGGACGUUGCUGCUCCUGCAGAUGGUGAAUCCACACACAACAACCGGUUAUUAUCUUAUACGCGGGUGGACAGUGCGUCCGUACCUGAUGCGUGUGGUCUCCGGCCUUCCGUCAUGGCUUCCUUAUGCAUGGUCAGCUGCCCGGCGUCCAGAUACGCCACCUCAGCCGAUGUGACCGUUUCGUUGGCUGCCUGGCCUCCGUCCGCUGCCGAUGGUUGCUCAACGGUUGCCUGCUGCAUGGCCGUUCGCCCUGAUAAUGACUAAAGUGGCUGGCGCGUCGCUUCACAGGCUGGAUGAGGGCUCCGCGCUCCUCCGAGCAUCAGCUGCCGAGUGACUCGCACGCUGAUCCGAGCUCAGCAAUGCUGCAAGAUCAGCUCGUCGAGUUUGACGGUCUCGGUGAAUCACAAGGGCGCCUGAACGUCGCAAUCACAAGAUCAGAUCAG